CGGCGCUCCUCCCCCAGUCUCAUCGGGGUGGAGACCCAUCGAGGCUUGGGCUGGUUCCUUCAUGUGUUGCUUAGUAACCCUGCUUGUUUCGGAUGGAUUCCUCAUUCCGGUUUUCCUAGGGAGGGUUUCUUAUGUGAGAAUCCAAGGUAUGGAGUCAACUGAUGAUCAAGGUAUGGACAGUGGCAUUGAUUGGAUCAGCGUGCUGCCUACUGAGAUCCUGCACAAUAUCCUAUCCCUCGUGAGGAUCAGAACUGUUGUGCGGAUGCGCAGGUUGUCCAUGAGGUGGAGGCAAGUGUGCGAGGCUUUGCAGUUCAUAUGUCUCACACGCAGAGAAUUUCAACAUUGGAAGGCCGAGAAGUUUGCUCGUUUUAUUAACAAUCUGUUGCUACUCGGAGCAAGAGUGGACCUUCAUACAUUCCAGCUGUGUUGGUAUGGUCCAAGCCCUCUAGACUACAAUGAUGUGAGGAUGUGGGUUGGUUAUGCAGCGAAGCAUAAUGUUAAAGUUCUUGACGUGGUCCUGGAGGCGUACAAUCAGGAUUUUCUGCCUCGUUGUGUUUUCAUCUCUCCCUUUCUUCAAGAGCUGAAUUUGCAAUUUGGAGAAGCUUCUCAUGGACAUGUGGGAUUCGUGCUGCCACACAAAAUCAACCUUCCUUCACUUAAAAAAUUUAAAAAGUUGACUCUCUCUGAAGUGGAAGUGUCUCAGCUAUCUCUUGACCAAAUUAUUGCUUGCAGCCCUGGCCUAGAAGAUUUAAAUUUUAUAAACUGUGCAAGAUAUUUUAAGCUUAUAGAUUCAAAAGUCCUAAAAAGCCUAAUGCUUGAUGGUUUCAUAGACAGAGAUGAUGGGUUCACUAUUGCUGCCCCUCAUCUCAUUCACUUUGAGUGCUUAGGUUGUCCAUUGGAAUAUAUUUGUUGGAGAGAGCGUCCAUCUUUAGAGAGUGCACACAUAGAUACUUGUGGGCCUACAUUUGAUGAUCAAUCUGAUUUUACUGGAAUUCUAUCGUGUGCCAAGACACUUACAUUAUUGAAUUUCCAAGGUUCCGACGUAAAGGCUAUGUUGGAAAAGCAGCUGCCCACAUGCUCGGUAUUUGAGAAUCUUGAAACUCUUGAAAUUGGAGAUUGGUGUUUGACUGAUAACUUCAACAUUGUACUUCGCUUCAUGCAGCUGUCACCAAGACUUAAAAAACUUACCUUAGUGCAAAGACAGCUUCCCAAAGAAGCAAACGGAGCAAGAAUAGAUGCUAUGCCAAUCAAUGAAAUGGCCUUGCAAUGCCCACUCCUUGAAACAGUCAUAAUACGAUGUUCCAAGGAUGAUGGGGAAAUUCAUAUUAUGGUGAAUGCAAUGGUAGCGAAUGGGGUCAGCAUGGAGAAGAUAAAUGUUAAAUUCUAUGAAGAUAUGGUAGAAAAGGUCGUAGGGGAGAUAAUAAGUUUGAGGCAUGAAUAGGAGAAGGAAUUUGCCAUCUUCGAGAAAACGUUGGAGAAAAAUCCAUAAUGGGCGGUUGAUAGUAGUUAUGCGGGGAGUGACUCUGAUAAUAAUGACGACGAGGAGGAGAUUGAAGAUGACGAAGAUGAUGAGUGGGAGGAUGAAGACGAAAGUGAGUCCGAGGAUGAAGAUGAUGAUGAGUCAGAGGAUGAAGAUGUCGAGGAGUUGAAGAUUGGCGAUCACAAUGAUGAUUUGGAGGAUGGUGUUGUGGACAACAAUGAAUAUGGCAAUGACAAUGGCCUGGAGGGCGAUGGUGUCAACAACAAUGUAGAUGGGAAUCAUGGUAGCCCAGAAGAUGGUGUUGACAACAAUGAAGGCGGCAAUGACAAUGGCAUGGAGGAUGGUGUAGCCUGUAGUCAUCAAUGAAUGGAAGAUGAUUAUAUCUAGAGUUCAGUAGGGUGCACUAUUUUUUUAUUUAUUUUUUUGCCGGCUGCUAUUUGUCUCUGUGCAGUCCAUAGACAUGUGGCAUCUUAGAUCCACCUCAAAGUUAUGUGACUUGAUGUUACGACAUCAAGCAAUCUAUUAGGUUCUGGUGACUGCUGGACCUCUAAGCAGCUUAUCUAUG